UGAAUUAUAUAUUCACGAGAUAUACAUUUCUUAGCUUUGAAUAACAUUUUUGAAUUUUGAAUAUGGAAGAAGUGGAGUUAGCUUGUAAUGAGUCUUCUUCUUCAAAUUUGGAAUAUAAAAAAAGGGAAGAAAUUAAUAGUAAAGUGAAGAGUGUUUCAUUUUUUGGAUUGUUUAGUGCAGCUGAUAGAACAGAUUGUGUGUUAAUGUUUGUUGGAAGUGUUGGUGCAUUUGUUCAUGGUGCUGCUCUUCCUGUUUUCUUUGUUUUGUUUGGACGUAUGAUUGAUUCUUUGGGUCACCUUUCUAACAAACCUCACAAAUUGUCCCAACAAAUUUCACAGUAUGCUUUGUACUUGGUGUAUCUUGGACUAGUUGUUCUAGUUUCUGCUUGGAUGGGUGUUGCAUUCUGGAUGCAAACAGGGGAAAGACAAACGGCACGGUUGAGGUUAAAAUAUUUACAGUCAGUACUCAAGAAGGAUAUUAAUUUCUUUGAUAAUGAAGCAAGAGAUGCCAAUAUAAUUUUCCACAUAUCUAGUGAUGCAAUAUUGGUACAAGAUGCAAUUGGUGACAAGACAGGACAUGCAAUGCGUUACCUUUCACAAUUCAUAGUUGGAUUUGGCAUUGGAUUUACAUCAGUGUGGCAGCUUACACUACUCACCUUGGCUGUUGUUCCAUUCAUAGCUAUAGCAGGAGGAGCUUACACAAUGAUUAUGUCUACUUUAUCAGAAAAGGGUGAAGCUGCUUAUGCUGAAGCAGGAAAAGUUGCAGAAGAGGUCAUUUCUCAAGUGCGUACAGUUUACUCAUUUGUAGGAGAAGAAAAAGCUGUUGGUUCAUACUCAAAGUCACUUGAUAAGGCUUUGAAGUUGGGAAAGAAGAGUGGUUUUGCAAAAGGUGUUGGAGUUGGAUUUACAUAUGGACUAUUGUUCUGUGCUUGGGCAUUGCUUCUUUGGUAUGCAGGCAUACUUGUUAGACAUCAUAAAACAAAUGGAGGGAAAGCUUUCACAACAAUUAUCAAUGUCAUCUUUAGUGGAUUUGCUCUUGGUCAAGCUGCUCCAAACCUUGGUUCAAUUGCGAAAGGGCGUGCAGCUGCGGCGAAUAUCAUGAACAUGAUUGCAUCUGUUUCAGAAUCAUCUAAAAGGUUGGAUGAUGGCACUGUGUUGCCACAAGUAGCAGGGAAAAUUGAUUUUUGUGAGGUUUGCUUUGCUUACCCUUCAAGAAGCAAUAUGAUCUUUGAAAAUUUGAGCUUCUCAGUGAAUGCUGGAAAGACAGUAGCAGUUGUUGGUCCAAGUGGUUCUGGAAAAAGCACAAUCAUUUCUCUUAUUCAAAGGUUCUAUGAACCCUCUUCAGGUAAGAUCCUGUUGGAUGGAUAUGACUUAAAGAAUGUUCAACUGAGAUGGCUGAGAGAACAAAUGGGUUUGGUGAGUCAAGAACCAGCACUAUUUGCCACAACAAUAGCUGGAAACAUUUUGUUUGGAAAAGAAGAUGCCGACAUGAAUCAAAUCAUUGAAGCUGCCAAGGCUGCAAAUGCUCAUUCCUUCAUUGCAGGAUUACCUCAAGGUUAUAAUACUCAGGUUGGAGAGGGUGGCACACAACUUUCUGGGGGACAAAAACAAAGAAUUGCUAUAGCAAGAGCAGUGCUCAGAAACCCGAAAAUAUUGCUUUUGGAUGAGGCCACCAGUGCAUUGGAUGCUGAAUCAGAAAUCAUUGUUGAGCAGGCAUUGGAAAAAAUAAUGUUAAACCGGACAACAAUAAUUGUUGCACAUCGAUUGUCCACCAUACGCGAUGUAGAUACAAUUAUUGUGUUGAAGAACGGUCAGGUUGCUGAAAGUGGGAGUCAUUUGGAAUUGAUGUCAAAAAAUGGCGAGUAUGUGAGUCUGGUGAGUUUGCAGGCAUCACAAAAUUUCACAAGCUCUAGCUCAAUAUCUCGCUCGGGAAGUUCGAGAAAUUCUAGUUUUCGAGAACUUGCAGACAAUCUAAACAAUGGAGAGGAGUCGAGUUUGAAUACAGCAAGAGAACUGAAAUCAAGUGAUCAAAGCCUGACAUCAAACAAUGCUUCCAUUCCAUCCAUGUUGGAUCUGCUGAAACUGAAUGCUCCAGAGUGGCCCUAUGCAGUUCUUGGGUCAGUAGGUGCUAUUUUGGCUGGCAUGGAAGCUCCUCUUUUUGCCCUUGGAAUCACACACAUUUUGACUGCAUUUUACUCUCCUCAAAUUUCCAAGAUCAAGCAAGAAGUUGCUCAUGUAGCUCUUAUAUUUGUUGGUGUUGCUGUUGUUACCAUACCUAUUUAUCUAUUGCAACACUACUUCUAUUCCUUAAUGGGAGAGCGUCUCACUGCCCGCGUACGUUUAUUAAUGUUCUCAGCUAUUCUUACCAAUGAAGUAGCAUGGUUUGAUUUGGAUGAGAACAAUACUGGCUCACUGACAGCAAUGCUAGCUGCGGAUGCAACAUUAGUAAGAAGCACUCUAGCUGAUAGGCUCUCAACCAUUGUGCAAAAUGUAGCUCUCACUGUAACAGCAUUUGUUAUUGCCUUCACAUUGAGUUGGAAACUAACAUUAGUUGUUGCAGCUUGCCUUCCCCUUCUCAUCGGAGCUUCCAUCACAGAGCAAUUAUUUCUUAAGGGAUUUGGUGGAGAUUACAGCCAUGCUUACUCUAAAGCAACUUCUUUGGCUCGUGAAGCUAUUGCCAACAUACGUACUGUCGCUGCUUUUGGUGCAGAAGAUCGAAUAUCAAUCCAAUUUGCAUCUGAACUGAACAAACCUAACAAGCAGGCAUUUCUAAGAGGCCACAUAUCAGGUUUUGGCUAUGGUGUGACACAGCUGUUUGCUUUUUGCUCCUAUGCACUUGGCCUUUGGUAUGCGUCCGUUUUGAUCAAGAAAAAAGAGUCGAAUUUCGGAGAUAUCAUGAAGUCCUUUAUGGUCUUAAUCAUCACAGCUCUUGCAAUAGCAGAAACACUAGCUCUUACACCAGAUAUUGUCAAAGGGUCACAAGCACUAGGAUCAGUUUUCAGUAUCCUCUAUAGGAGAACAGCCAUCAACCCGAACGACCGCAAUAACAAGAUGAUAACUGAAGUAAAAGGAGAAGUAAAGUUUCAAAAUGUGUGCUUCAAGUAUCCAAUGAGACCUGACAUCACCAUAUUUCAGAACUUGAACCUUAGAGUUUCAGCAGGGAAGAGUCUUGCAGUAGUAGGACAAAGCGGUUCGGGGAAGAGCACUGUGAUUGCUCUUGUAAUGCGAUUUUAUGACCCGAAUUCCGGGUCAGUUUUGAUAGAUGGAUGUGAUAUAAAAGACUUAAACUUGAGAUCCUUAAGGCAGAGAAUAGGAUUGGUUCAGCAAGAACCUGCUUUGUUCUCUACUACAGUUUAUGAAAACAUCAAAUAUGGAAAAGAGGAGGCAUCAGAAGUAGAAGUAAUGAAGGCAGCCAGAGCAGCAAAUGCUCAUGAGUUCAUCAGUAGAAUGCCGGAAGGUUACAGAACCGAGGUUGGUGAGAGAGGAGUGCAGUUAUCAGGUGGACAAAAACAAAGGGUAGCAAUUGCUAGAGCUAUUCUGAAAGAUCCAUCCAUUCUUCUGUUGGAUGAAGCAACAAGUGCAUUGGACACAGUAUCAGAGAGGCUUGUACAAGAGGCUCUUGAUAAGCUUAUGGAAGGUCGAACAACGAUUUUGGUAGCUCACAGGCUCUCAACUGUUCGUGAUGCAGACAGCAUUGCAGUGUUGCAACAUGGAAAGGUUGCAGAAAUGGGAAGUCAUGACAGGCUUAUGGCCAAACCAGGAAGUAUCUAUAAGCAACUGGUUAGUCUACAGCAACAAGACACUUAAUGAAUUCCUUUGGAGUUUCUCAAGUAGAGAUAUAAAUUAAAACUAUACUUGCAGUUUGCAACUUGAAUCGACGUGAUUACGAGUUCAUUAAGCAUAUGGAAAAAAACCUACAAUUGUGUUCAGUGUUUUUUUGUAAGUUUCAUUCUACAUGUUUAAUGAACUCGCGAUUACAUCAAUAAGGUAAGGCUUUAAGAGCAUGUUUGAUGACCAAUCCAACCAUGAAAGAUGUUAUACAUACUGUUUAUAUACACAAAUUCUACCAUAAAAUUAAAAGAGCAUGUAAUUUCUUUCUUAUAUUACAAGACCAGUGGACCAUUAAAUCCUCA